AUGGAUUACAAUGUUGCCGAAGAAACCCUCAGACAUGACAGGGGCACAGGAAAAACAUUCCUCUAUCAAACCAUCAUAUCCAGACUUUGCUCGAAAAAACAAAUCGUUCUCCCGGUAGCUUCUUCAGGAAUAGCCGCAUUGCUACUACCAAACGGAAGAACAGCUCAUUCACGCUUUAAUAUUCCUUUGAAGCUCGACGAAGAUAAGCUCUGCAACAUCAAACCAGGUACGAUGCUCGCUGAACUCAUUGAGAAAACGGACCUCAUAAUCUGGGAUGAGGCACCUAUGACGCACAAACAUGCCUUCGAAGCACUUGACAAAACUUUGAAGGACAUAAUGUCUAUGAAAAACCCACACGCAAAGGAUCAAACUUUCGGCGGAAAAACGGUUUUGUUAGGUGGUGAUUUUAGACAAAUCCUACCGGUAGUUCCACAAGGGAGUCGAGCUGAUACCGUCUUAGCUUCGAUAUGUCAUUCAUAUCUAUGGAAUUUUUGCCACAAGUUCCCUUUGAAGACAAAUAUGCGAGUCAACCAGGACGAAAAAGAGUUCUCUGAUUGGCUUCUCAAAGUCGGUGAAGGUCGUCCAGAAUCAGAAAAGGUAGACGCAGACGAUGGCUACCAUGACCAAAUGUUAAAUAUCGAUCCAACAUUGCUCAAAGAGACUAAAGAAGAGUCACUAAAGCAAGUUGUCGAUGCAGCGUAUGGUGAUACCAACCAAAUAGAGGCCUCCCAAAGUUCCUACACCGAUAAAGCUAUCCUAACGCCCCGAAAUGAUACAGUCGAUGAAAUCAAUGCGUAUACAAUCUCCAAAACCACCGGAGAGUCAAAAGACUACUACAGUUACGAUAGCUUUGAGGUUUCAGAAACUCAAUCUAACCAAAAUGAAACACUAUACGCUGUUGAGUAUCUCAACUCGAUGGAGUUUCCAGGAUUGCCUUCCCAUAAACUCACUCUCAAAGUUGGGGCCCCGAUUAUGCUUCUGCGAAACAUAAAACCAAACAAAAGGAUUAUGUAA